AUUUGUGUGUUGAAAAUUUCAAGAAUGAUAUUCCCUUUGGAGAUUCUAGAACAUAUUCUUUUAAAAUGUGAUGGAAAGACUUUGUUGACUGCCAGAAAAUCGUGCAAGAGCCUACGGGACACGAUUGAUUAUUUAACUGAGAAAACAAGGCUUUGGGAGUGGUGUUGUAGAGAAGAAAUAAAUCCCGAAGAACUGGUUGAAUAUUUGCCUAAAUAUGAGGCGUAUGGUAAAGAAAAGUGGCUUUAUAUGUAUAUUAAUUGGUCAUCGUGGGAAACCAUAGAAGAUGUUACUAUAUUAAAUCCCAUACUGUCUCCAGUGCAAUUUCAAAAAAUCUCCAGUAUAGCUGUAUCAAGUGAUCAUAUUGCCGUUGGCUCAGAAGAUGGAAGACUAAGAAUAUUUACCAAACAUUGGGCUCCAGUUUUUGAACAUCGAAUAGUUGCAGUUAAGUUGACAAAAUUAACGUUUAUAGAUUAUAACGAUUAUAAUGAUAUAAAUAAUUUGGAUCUGUGUUUGGUUGUUGCAUACCCAAAGGGAAUCUCAAUAGUAGCAUUUAACGGUAUCCGUAAUUAUCAAUUUGAUAUUUUGGAUAUUAUAUCACAUAGCGUUUAUAACAAUUACAUUUGCUAUGAAAAAGUUGGCGGGAGAAUGACGAUAAUUAAAAUAACCAAUCAUUACGAUAGACGAGAAAUUCAGGAGAUUUGGUUUACAAGAAUAUACUCUCCAGGGUGUAUUACUUGUUAUAAAAUGUGGAACGGCAAAUGCACGUUUUUAAUAAACAGUAUUCUAGAAUCUCUAGUUUAUGAAAAUCCUAACAUCACACCCAUGGAACAGAUGCAAAGAAUUACAGAUAUUAAGUUCUAUGCUCCUCUAAUUAUUGAUAGUUCUACAACUCAGAUUCUAAGGGACAAUGUUAUAAUUAGUGUUUAUAAAAAUAACGGUUCAGAUAAAACGUCUCAACCUGAUAUUAUUGAAGACUACGUAGAAAUAAUAAUUAUUGAUAAGUACAAGAGACACAGUAAGAAAUUGUUUAAUAUGUGGGAAAUAUUCAGAAGCAAUAUUACGUGUAUUUUUUUGUAUGGGAACACAUUACUUAUAGGAACUGACUCUGGAAGUCUCUACUAUUAUCACAUUUCCAACUGGAAAAACUUUGAUUUGAAGUACUACAACCACAGGCAAGUUAUAUGUAAGCAUCCCAUAAUCGUGAUCCAAGCCAAAGAGAAUGAAAAAGAGAGGAAAUUUUAUAUAUGCUCAAAAUUUACCGUGCACGAAGUCUCAGGCUUUAUACCAAGUAUUUAUUGAUAAGUAGGUAUUUAUUUCAUACGUUCAGAUGCAAAAAAAAAUGAUGCAACGGAAUAAUUUUUAGUCAUAUUUGAAAAAAAAAUUGCAAAUUGUUGGUGGCAAGUUCAUUU